CUGUGGCAGCUGCCGCUAUCACGUUUCUAGAAGUCUCCACGUUCCGCUAGAACCAUUCCUGCCGCUCCAGAUCGACUGUCCACAUCCGCAGCGAAGCCAUGGCAGCCGAAAGCAGGUUCCCCGAGAGCUUCAUGGACGAGGAUCCACAGAAAGCUCUGGAGGAACUCAAUGAGGCCUUGCAAGGAGACGCUGACAACGCUGAGUGGCUUUGCCAGCGUGCCUAUGUCCACAUACUUCUCAAAAACUACAGCUGUGCUAUUGAUGAUGCCAAAAAGGCACAGCAGCUAACACCCAGCCUUCCCCUCGCUUUCAUGCGAACAGGAAUAGCAGAAUACCACCUGAGCCACUAUGAGUCAGCACACGCAGCGUUCACUGAGGGACACCAGCUGGAUGUUUCUGACAAAUCAUUUGAGAUCUGGAUCAAGCGGUGUGAGGAGAUGAUGGGAGAGCAGACGCAGAGCGACAGUGACAACAGGACACCGGCGGCUCCACCUGUGAAACAUGACUGGUACCAAACGGAGUCUCAAGUCAUCGUCACUGUCAUGGCAAAAAAUGUACCCAAGGAUGGUGUGUGUGUCAACUUCAUGGAAAAAGAGCUCUCUGCCACGAUACAGCUGGCAUCCGAGGAGAACUACAACCUCGACCUGCACCUCCUGCACCCCGUCGUCCCUCAACAGAGCAGCUUCAAGAUCCUCACCACCAAGGUGGAGUUCAAGAUGAAGAAGACAGAUGCCAUCAGAUGGGAGAAGCUGGAGGGAGAGGGACAGUCCAACAUCAAACACUUCAAUCCAAAUCAGUGCCCUCCGUCGUCCCACGUCACCUGCAAAUGGGACAAGUUGGUGGUGGCCAUCGGCGAGGAGGAGAAAACCGAGAAGCUGGAGGGAGACGCGGCGCUCAACAAGCUCUUCCAGCAGAUCUACUGCGACGGCACGGACGAGGUCAAGAAGGCCAUGAACAAGUCCUUUAUGGAGUCCGGUGGUACAGUCCUGAGCACCAACUGGGUCGACGUGGGCAAGAAAAAGGUGGACAUGAGCCCCCCGGAGGACGUGGAGUUCAAGAAGUACUGAGUACUUCACCCCCCCCCCCCCCCUCAUUCUGCUCCCUCUGAGCUCCAGCAGGGUGCUGGAUGCAUCGCAGCCUCUGUGACCAUGCACUGCUUCCUCCUCCUCCUCCUCCUCUUCCUCCCAACCCCUCAGUUGUGCUGUUGCUCGCUAAUUGAAGGGAGCCUCGGUGCACUUUCACUCCACGAAACCACCUCCGUGCCCCCCCCCUCUCCUCCCUCUGCUGUAACCGGAUGCUGUCAGUUCAUUUGACUAACCUGUGUUGAUGGACUGAUAUUAAUAUUGUCUGGUUUUCAAGGCCGACGGACGAAGAAGGGCGGUCUGGUUUAAGAGACGCUUCAGUUCAACUCUCACGUCAUUCUUCUUCUCCCCUCCCGGGUUUCUCAGAAGCGCCCACAGCCUUUCUAUUUCGGGGCCUUUCAUGACUUCCUAUUAUUGGCACUUGUAUAAAAAAAAAAAUUAAGUUGUUAAAAAAAUGAAUAAAUAAGAACCGGUUGAGAUGUUUAA